AUGCAGAACGGCACAGGCUGAGAUGUGGGCGCGCUUCUGGUAUUCCAAGCCGGCCGAGCGGGCACGGCCGGCGGCGUUCGUACCCCCGCCGCCACCGCCGACGCCUCCUCAGUAUGUGCCUCCCGAGGAGCCGUCGGCUUUCGCGAAGCUCUACGCCGUCGCUGGCGACGUGGUCGACCGUGCCAAGGCCCUGCUGACCACCGGCGGGCCGCCGGUGCAGGGCGUCACCCCUUCCGACGACGGGCCGAGAGUCCGCCGUGCCUUGGCCGUGCUCACUGCCCCGGCCUCCGACCCGGCGCCCGCGGCACCCCAGAAGGACUCGAGCUCGGGCUUGAGUUCCACGGCGGUGGUCUGGAUCACAGUGGCGGCCGGGGUUGCCGGGGCGGUUUUGGUUUUGUGUGUGCUCGCGCUCUGGAUCCAGCGAUGCCGGCGGAUAAGACGGCGGCGGCGGCGGCAGCAACAGGCACAGCCGCCUCCGCUACCGCCGCCAAUAUACAACCCCAACCCCUACUACAAAGGUGACCUUCCGCCGCAGCCAUUCGUUGCCCAGCAAGCGCCGCCGGACCACUACUUCAUGCAGCAGCAGCAGCACCCGACGCCGCCACAGACGAGCGGCACGUUCUCCGACGCCGGCUCGGAGCGGCCGCACUCCGUCGACAUCCUCACCGAGCUGCCGAAGACCGGCGGCUCGCUCUCGUACGACCAGCUCGCCGCCGCGACGAACGGGUUCUCUCCCGACAACGUCAUCGGGCAGGGCGGCUUCGGGUGCGUCUACAGGGGGAAGCUGCAGGACGGCACCGAGGUGGCCAUCAAGAAGCUCAAGACGGAGAGCAAGCAGGGCGACCGCGAGUUCCGCGCGGAGGUGGAGAUCAUCACCCGCGUGCACCACAGGAACCUCGUCUCGCUGGUCGGAUACUGCAUCUUCGGCGACGAGAGGCUGCUCGUCUACGAGUUUGUCCCCAACAAGACGCUCGACACGCAUCUACACGGGAACAAGGGGCCACCUCUGGAUUGGCAACAAAGAUGGAAAAUUGCGGUUGGAUCUGCAAGGGGUCUGGCCUAUCUACACGACGACUGUGCUCCUAAAAUUAUACAUCGUGAUGUCAAGGCAUCCAACAUUCUUCUGGAUCAUGAUUUUGAACCCAAGGUUGCAGAUUUUGGUCUAGCAAAAUAUCAACCAGGAAACCACACACAUGUUUCUACAAGAAUAAUGGGCACUUUCGGGUACAUAGCUCCAGAGUUUUUGUCUAGCGGGAAACUUACUGACAAAGCUGAUGUCUUUGCUUACGGUGUCGUCCUCUUGGAACUGAUAACCGGAAGGCUGCCGGUUCAGUCAUCUGAAUCUUACAUGGAUAGCACGUUAGUUGGUUGGGCGAAGCCCUUGCUUUCGCAGGUUACGGAGGAAGGCAACUUUGAUAUCCUUGUUGAUCCGGAUAUUGGAGACGAUUAUGAUGAAAACAUAAUGAUGCGAAUGAUCGAGUGUGCCUCCGCUGCCGUGCGCCAAUCAGCUCAUCUGCGCCCAUCCAUGGUUCAGAUCCUGAAGCACUUGCAGGGAGAAACGCAUGGAGAAGAUGCACAUUCUAUAUUUAGAUUUUCAUACGAAGACGACACGUACAGUUCCAUGAUGGAAUCCGGUGAGUCCAUCGGGCCACGAUCAAGGAGAGCGCCGCGGAGUCAGGGAAACACAAGCAGCGAUUACAGCAGCGAGCAAGCUCUUACGGACAAGGCCAACCGUAGCCCAGCCAAGGGCUGGUGAACUGCACAUCUUUUUAUUGCAUUUAAGUGUUUCUUUGUUUUGGGAUACGGAACAAAUAUUGCUGUACAUGAAGACGUGAAUGAGUGGCUGUGGAUUGCAUUUAG